AUGCAUUCCAACGCCCCAGUUGCUGCCCUUUUGGGAUUCGCAGCUUCACUCGCCGCCGCCGCUCCGGCGAACACUCCGGUUGGGACUCCAGUCAACACUCCCAACUCCCAGUACUACUCGACUCCAGCCCCUAGUGGUGGCGACUAUGGCAACAGCGACUACGGCUAUGGCUCUGAGUCGGCGACUGGGAAGGUCAUCACCGUCAGUUACGACGUCUCGCCCAUUCCGACCGAAGUCCACCCCGACGGCGACAAGUUCCGGUUCCCGCUCUCCAACGACUUCCCCAACCCUGACCAGAAGGAGGUCGACGACAUCCAGGAGAUCGCCGGCGGCACUCUUCCCAACGGCGGCGGUGGCGACCCCCCAAGCGGCGACGCUCUCACGUCUCUCAGGCUCAUCGCCUUCAACGAGAUCUUCGAAGUGGCCUUCUUCACCGACCUGCUCAAGAACAUCACCGAGAACGUGCAUGGCUACCGGGUCGAGGAUGCCACCAAGCUCAACAUCGACAUGGACGACCUCAUCAUCAUCCUCGCCACGGUGCAGGCGCAGGAGGAGCUCCACGCGCUCAAUGCCAACGGGGCGCUGCAGAAGUUCAACGCAGGCCCGAUCCAGCCGUGCGAGUACGUGUUCGGGGUGGACAACCUGAAGGAUGCCAUCGCCACUGCUGCGACCUUCACCGACGUCGUCCUCGGCACGCUGCAGGAUGUUGAAAACGACUUUGGGCUGAGCGGCGACAUCGGAUUGAUCCGCGGGGUUGCAUCGGUCAUCGGGCAGGAGGGCGAGCAGAACGGCUUCUACCGCCUCUUCCAGGGCAAGCGGCCCUCGGCCGAGCCGUUCCUGACGGCCAGCACGCGCGAGUUUGCCUUCUCGGCGCUGAACCAGAACUUCGUGGUCGAGGGCACCUGCCCCAACAUCGACACCAUCGACCUCCCCAUCUUCGAGCCGCUCAAGCUGAUUGGGCAGCCGCAGCCCAAGGACAGCAUCGUCACGUUCCAGAUCCAGUGCAACGGCACCAUCGACGAGGACGGGCUGUCGCUGGUCCUGAUCAAUGGCCAGAACCUGCCCAUCAUCGAGAAGCUCCAGAACGUCAAGAAGAUGGACCACGACGUCAUUCAGUUCGACGCCGCCUUCCCGUUCGAUACCAACCUCCUGUUCGGGCUGACCAUUGCGGUUGUCACCAACACGGACCAGGGUCUGACUGACGUCGACAAGGUUGCCGAUGCAACCGUCUUUGGCCCCGCCCUGAUCGAAGUGAACUAA